AAAGACCAGUCACAGCUCGAGUCACUAAAGGUACCAGUAAUCCAGAUUAUGCCCGUUUCUGGUGUCCCACUUUUUGCAUAAAUACUAAUCACAGCGAUGGAUUACACUAUCGAGGAAAAUGUCCAGUUUUAUGGCGUAAUUAAGAAUGUGAAGCAUCUACUUGUAUUAUUGAAGGCAAUUAACAUUCAAAAUAUCGUCUCCAUCUGGAUACAUGAAGAAGGAAUGGUUUUAACUGUGGAAAAUCAUCGAUCAGUGAAAGCUAUUGCUUUUUUGAAAUUACAUUUAUUUCAUAUUUUUAAUUUCACUGCGGGUAUCGAGAUACCUACCUUCGCUCUACCAUUGGAUGCUAUUACAACCGGUUUGAGAACUAUUAUACCUAAAGAAAGGGAUACUGUCCCGUCAUCCCAAGCGCUCAGCGACUAUUGUGAAAUCAAAUACAAUGGUACCGGUUCUAACCUAAGCCUUUUCAGGUGAGAAAAGUCAACUUUACCUCUCUAUAUGUCAUUUUAACGAAGGAUUUGACAUGCAAUAGACGUGCUGAGAAAGGAGCAAUUAAAAGAAC